AUGUAUAGCUUCUCAGAUACGACCACAACGAAACCUAGGGCAUGUGUUUAUGUACCCAGAAACAUAAAGACCACCUUCCUACCGCAACUGUCUACCCCCGAUUUGGCAGUGGUUAUGACAACUUGCGAAAUGAAAGAUGGCGCUAUGGAUAUUGUCAUCGCUUCCAGCUACCUCCCGGUAGACACACCGAUGCCGGAGCUUACAAUAGCUCUGGUGGAAAACUGUCGGAGACAUGGACGGCAACUCAUCAUUGGAGAGGAUACAAACGCCUACCACAAUGUUUGGGGAAGCGAAGACAACAAUACUCGAGGCGACAAAUUAGUGGAAUUUCUCAUCUCCACACAGGCGGCGAACCGACAUUUGUCACGAGCCGCUGCCAAACGAGGAUAUAUAUUACCAUGGCAAGUUGGGAACUGA